CUGUGUAGAUACUGAAAACAGCCAACGCCUUUUAUAUCAUUUUAAAAACAACAGACUUGAAAAAAGGUAAGUCAAUAUGAACUAUACAGAUAUCAGAAUUGAAUAUGGCCACAAUAUUCUUAACUUUCUUAGCAAUUGGGUUGAAGUCCAUUUGAAAUGGCGGAGGAAAAGGAGGUGAAGUGAAGUCGCGUCAACAUGUUCUCUCGCCCAUAGCAUAAUAUAAUUUUUAUGAAACGUAAUUACUUAAGAACUUAUUAGUUGUUACAUUUAAGAUAACAAAUGACGCAGGUAGAUGUUAUACACGAAGUUGCCAGAUAGGCUAUUACAGUAGAUAUUGCCAGAUAUUACAGUUCACGGCCUGUUGACGAUACUAUCUUCUGACCCGGGUGUUUUCUUAAGAGCCGCUGACGCUUGUUGAACACACAUCGCUUGCGGAAAGUUUUUUGGAAACAUAAGGAACGUAUCUUCUAGAUCAGCGAGAACUAAUUUUCAUAAAACAAAAGGUUAAAUUACUACACACAUUUAAAGGAUAUAUCUCCAUGUUUCAUCGCUUGUUUAUGGAAGACAUAGGUGGCCGCCUGUGCUAAUUAGCUAUCUAAUGCGCUCCGAACACCAGUGUGUAAGUGUAACUGGGGAGGAAGUGUAGUUCCUCAACUGGAGGCACACACAGCUUGUGGAUCUGUACAAAACUCUACAGUAAGUGUACCUUUUUUAUUUGAAGGAUUCUUUCGUGCCUGAUGUGAAACAUAGGGGGCAUAUCAACAUAUGUUUCGAAAAACCGGUUUUCAAAGUGAUGAUUAUUGACUUUUCUAAACGUUAAAACACUGCAUCGGUAUUGAAUACUGAACAAAAUCUAAACGCAACAUGCAACAAUUUCAAAUAUUUUACUGAGUUACAGUUCAUAUAAGGAAAUCAGUCAAUUGAAAUAAAUUCAUUUGGCACUAAUCUAUGGAUUUCACAUGACUGGGAAUACAGAGAUGCAUCUGUUGGUCACAAGUAGGGGUGUAGAUCAGAAAAACCAGUCAGUGUCUGGUGUGACCACCAUUUGCCUCAUGCAGCACGACACAUCUCCUUCACAUAGAGUUGAUCAGGCUGUUGAUUGUGGGCUGUGGGAAUGUUAUCCCACUCCUCUUCAAUGGCUGUGCAAAGUUGCUGGAUAUUGGCCGGAACUGGAACGUGCUGUCGUACACGUUGAUCCAGAGCAUCCCAAACAUGCUCAAUGGGUGACAUUUCUGGUGAGUAUGCAGGCCAUGGAAGAACUGGGACAUUUUCAGCUUCCAGGAAUUGUGUACAGAUCCUUGCGACAUUGGGCCGUGCAUUAUCAUGCUGAAACAUGAGGUGAUGUCGGCGGAUGAAUGGCACGACAAUGGGCCUCAGGACCUCGUCACGGUAUCUCUGUGCAUUAAAAUUGCCAUAGAUAAAAUGCAAUUGUGUUCGUUGCCCGUAGCUUAUGCCUGUCCAUGCCAUAACCCCACCACCACCAUGGGGCACUCUGUUCACAACGUUGACAUCAGCAAACUGCUUGUCCCACAUGACGCCAUACACGUAGUCUGCGGUUAUGAGGACAGUUGGAUGUACUGCCAAAUUCUCUAAAAUGACGUUGGAGGCGGCUUAUGGUAGAGAAAUGAACAUUAAAUUAUCUGGCAACAGCUCUGGUUGACAGUCCUGCAGUCAGAAUGCCAAUUGCACGCUCCCUCAAAACUUGAGACAUCUGUGGCAUUGUGUUGUGUGACAAAACGGCACAUUUCAGAGUGGCCUUUUAUUGUCCCCAGUACAAGGUGCACCUGUGUAAUGAUCAUGCUGUUUAAUCAGCUUCUUGAUAUGCCACACCUGUCAGGUGGAUUGAUUAUCUUGGCAAAGGAGAAAUGCUCACUAACAGGGAUGUAAAAAAGUUUGUGGCAAAAAUUUGAGAGAAAUACAUUUUUAGUGCGUUUGGAAAUUUUCUGUGAAGUUUUAUUUCAGCUCAUGAAACAUGGGACCAACACUUUACACGUUGCGUUUAUAUUUUUGUUCAGUGUAGUUCACAUGGAGCCCAAUGUUGGCAAAUGUAACCACUGAAAACCCUACAUACGGAGAAAAAGAUUCUGAGAGCUACAGUCUGUUUCCUAUAAGUGGACCUAUUUAGACCACAUACCCAUUACGCCCACUUCCAUCUUUGCAUUCAAAGAAAAAAAGAAACAUUUUGCACUAUUUUAUGUUUCAACCAGGUCAUGUUUUUAUUCUAAGCCAAUUAAAUGUAUUAUUAAAGUUAUUGUCAAUUUCAAAGCUGCAAAAAAAGCGCAUUUUCAGUUUGUCUAUAUUUACGGAGGUUAUAGCAUAGGCUAACCAAUUCUAAAUGGCACUAGCAUUUCACAAAGUAGCCUAAGUGGAAAAUAGAUGGGAUACAAUCUUUCCAAAACUGCAGCUUGUUGUUGGAACAUAUUUCCCUACUUCAAUCAACCAGUCCAUUUUGAAUUUGUGAUAAAACUGUCAUCAUUUGGUAAGGAAUGUAUCCCAUCAGUUAUAUGCAUUUUUUUCUGUAGGUUUAUCGGGAGCUUGUGUGCGCAGGAAGUGGUCGGAACACAACUGUGUGAUGCUUGGCUUGGUUUCUUUUUUGUUGUGCCCUGCAAAUGCACAUGUACAAAUGGAACACUAGAGUCAAAGCAAAUUAAAGUUGUCUUCAAGACAAAAUAAAUAAAACAAUUGGGACAACAUUUUACUUGCCCGUUCGGGCAGCCACAAAUCACAUUCCACCAAAUAGUUUUACAGUAUUUGAAAAAGAAGUGAUCUCUGGUUAAAGGUCGAGCUUUGACAUCCGUUCGAGUACUCGAUUACUCAUGCCCAUCCCAACUUGAAUAGCCUAUAUAGCCUAUAGAUCAGAUCAAGGAGCCAAGCGACAACACUGCCCCCACGGCUGUGGAAGGAAUGAUACGGCGUGUCUCAAAUUUUUUGGUAGUAAAAAAAGUAUGUAAAAUGCCGGAGCGUAUUACAAAGAGAUGCCCCAUUUGUGCCGAAAACCGACAUUGCAACACUCCGAAUCGUGCGUCUGCAUAGAGCUUGUAGUAAGCUUAAGUUGUUAGCUUCUUGCGAUCAAGCUCCUCUUGGUAACAGCAGAGAAUCCCCUCCUGGAUCAUAAAGCUACUUCCAUUCAUUUUUUUAAACCGGUACCUGGUUACCUUCAGACUAAUCAUGUGACACUUGUGGGGGUCAUAGAACAAAAAAAGAGAACCCCAUCAGUGGGGAUUAAAAAGUGAGUAUACGCAAUGCCCACUGAAAACAUUGUGGGUGUACGGCGUAUACCUGCGUAUAGCCCCCACUACACCACUGGGCUAAAGUCUUCCACCCAGUGACCAGAUGCGAACCUGAUGAAGUGACAGAGAAGCAACCCAUGUCCUUCUCUGUGUCUGAUGCAUUUUUAGCCCCAGAUUAAAUAGGUGUGCUUGUCUUUCUGAUGUGUGAAGGAUGUGUUGCUAUGCACAGAGGCCUUCACCCCCUCUGAUACCCUGCGUCACUCACUCAUUGAGACAUUAAUUUUGGAUUCCCAUGAGUUGCUUGCUAGUCACUGAAUGAGUGCCUCGGACCAGUGCUUUGUGAGGGGCCCAGAAGUACUGGCAGGUAUCCAGGUAUGGCGUAGGCGUACUGGUGUGUUAAAUUAGCCAGGUCCUGCAGGAGAUGGAGCCCUCGGCUGUCCUUACUCAAGCCUCUGGUAUUCUGCUAAUCUGAGUGGGCGUAUAUGAGUCAGUGGUCAUUGUGUGUCUGUGUGUAUCCAUCCUGAAUCUUUUCAGCAGUUCCAUCUGCAGCAGUUCCUCUAUUUGUUCCUUUCUUUGUUGUAUCCUCUACAGUCUACAUUCACUCCCCCAGAAUCUAGCUGCCAUUUUUGGAUCCCCUUUCCACACCUCCUCCCGUUCCUGUCCUUUCUGCCCCCACAUUCUCUCAGUUCUCUACCAAGAUUCCAACAGUCCCCCACCCCUCUGCUCACUGAGUAUCAUGCUCAUGUUUUUCAUGCAUGUGUUUUUGAUAGGUAGUCGAGAGGUCCUCAAGCACAGUUAUAUUGUCACAUUGACAGUUAGGCCGGGGCCUAUGUUGUUAUAGCAAAGUUGUUACAUUGCUGUAAUAACACAACAUAGAGAAACAAAAAACACAAUCUGCACACAGUUUGCCAAAUGCUGAGUACAGCUAAAGGAGGACUUACUCUAUAUAUCACAAUGACUUGUCCCUAUGGUCAGAGUGGUUUUCUGGGCUGUGGAGUGCAGCGCUACAACCUAUCAUUAGUCUGUAGUUCUCAUAGUUUAACCUCUUCAAGAGGUUUUUAAGAGGGCAAAUGACUUGUGAGUGAUCCAUCAAGGCCAGAGGAUGUAGGCUAAUCCCAGGAUAGAAAAUGAUCACAUUAACUCUGUUUAAACGAUCACAAGUAAAAUAUUUUAUAUUAAAGCAAGAGUCAAGGGUGAUGAUAAAUUCAUAUAGGCUAUUUGCUUUAAGCUGUCACUCACUGCUAUGAUUUGAUACAAGAGUUGGCUGUUUGACAUGUCCAAAUGAGGUCCCUGUUGCCCUUUAGUGGCUCUGUUCUAAGUAAUUUGUUGUUCCUCUCUCAAAAAAAGAGGAAACCAAAAAAGGAAGUGAGAUUAUCCCAAACUCAAAAAGGAGGCUGACCUUUUCCCUGCUAUGAGUUAAAACCUCGCAAUUCUCACAUGUCAAUCUGAUGUUGUUUUAUUUAUUAAAAUUAUUAUAAUAAGAAGGGAAAACAGCAGGGGCUAAAGGUCGGGAGUUCAACACCCACAACUAAGAAUCAUAGAUGAUAGAUUAUACAGACAGAGGGGAUUGAUAGCUGCAUCAUUGAUUUAUGGGAGCUCAUAACUUUGGUUAUAUGUAGAACAGAAGCAUGAUGUUCCUGUGGACAUGAUUGAUGCGACUACUCUGGCCUGAUGGGAUCAAGUGGCUUAUUCAUGCAUCAUCGUUUGCUUGGUAUUUGACCCUGAGUGUGUUUUAAGAGCAUAACCCUGAACCCAGUCCCCAUUUUACAGCCCCAAUGUAGCACAAUGAGAGGCUUAUUGUGGCCAAAGAUUAUAAGAAAGUCUAGUAAAUAACUAACACGUGGCCCCUUGCUUUGGGGAAUUCAUUCUUCAGGGUUUGUUGUUUUGGGUCCCAAAUGAACAUUUAAAGAGUUAGCCGGGUUAGAUUUGGACACUGUUGGGUGCCCUUUUUAAUAAUGUGCUCUAAUUUUCCCAUUAUUUAGGGAGAGUGAAAAGGUACAGAAAGAGACUGAGCAUGAGAGAGAGAAAGCACAGAAAGAGCAAGCCAGCCCUGCUGCUGCAGGGAAAAGAGGGAGGGGGGAUGUGGGGAAGUGAGAUGGAUUUCCCGUAAAUCACCAUCAACCAAUCACAGCUCCUACCCAGGUUGGCAGUGGCCCAGUGGGAUCAAGCGACACCAAGCAACCGAGAUACACAGCAAAAUUACAGAGUGAAGUAGAGAGAGGGAGAGAGAGAGUCAAAAGAGACCUGUAUUACAGAGAGUGAGUUAUCAUUUGUAAGGAUAGGGGUAUAUACUAGCACAAUAUUUGACUUUUUUGAGUUUAGUUGAGUGAAAAACGGAUAACCAGAAGAGAUUGCAGACCUGCAAUUCAGACCUGCCUCUGUCGGUAGGUCUAUGUUUCCUUCCUCAAUGUCUGUUUUUCUGUCCAGUUCUUUGUCAAAGGGCCUGUUCUUACUUCCGCCCCACUUGACUUCAGUUGGGGUGUGGUGCUGUGUUUUGGAGGAGGGGUACGUGUGCGGAGCUCUCGCUUUAGCAGGAAGCAAUGAUCAGUGAAUGAGAAAGCUGGUGCGCCUGCUCAGAGUCUGGGUUAGACAAAGUGUGUGUGGAGGAUGGGACAGAGAGAUGGACAGGAAAGUGGGGAGUUGACUCUCAAGGAAGCAAAAUUCACUGAACAGUGUGUGGAGUGUUUUAUUUUAAUGCUAUACAGGUUCUAAGAGAUGUCUUACAUGAUUUGCAUAUGCGGGUAUAAACAGGGUAGUUGAGUAUUUACUUAGCAUUUACCCUGGCAGUCAACCUGAGCUUGGUCUGUCAUAAAGGGAACAGGGCACCUGUCUAAGGGAAGAGCAAAAGUGAGGGGGAAAUAUAAACUCCUGUGAAGUGCAGGCACACUGAUGCAACAUGCAGCAACCCUAGCUCUACAGCUCUCAGCUUACAGUGUACACUAAGCAGGCCUAGGUCCAAAGCCUCUCUGUCAUUUCUCUACUGAUUUAAACAUGAUCAGACAAGGAUCUGAGUUUUCAUUUGAAAGACAAACUCCAUGCUUGAUGCUUGUUAACUGACAAUAAAUACAUGAAAACAGCAUACACCUAUAUCAUUGGUAUGCAAACAGAAAUCAUGCCAUGUUUGACCAGUCUAGCUCAUUGUAUCUUAUCCCAGCAGUUUUCAUGUGUAUUUUAUUUUGCAUAGAGGCUGUCAGAGAGUUCAAGGUGUUUUGUGCUGUUCAACUUAUAUUGCGCCCUCCAACACAAACACCUCCUUCUAUUCUAUGGAACUGAGGCAGGCCUGUUCCUUGAACAUGCCAUGUAGCAGUCUUUACAACACGACUACUUCCUGGUGUUAACUACACAGUUGUAACUGUCAAAACAAGGCCGUGAUCGAGUUUCCUGUCUCAUUCGCUCACCGCAAAACUUGAAGUUUCAGCAGAGAAGGAGUUGCGAUCAAGUUUCUGUGUCAAGCAUACACUUCCUCCAUGUUGAGAAAGUGAUGUUUCAAAUCAAAUUGUAUUGGUCACAUGCGCCGAAUACAACAGAUGUAGACUUUACCAUGAAAUACUUACUUACGAGCCCAUUCCCAACAAUGCAGAGUUAAAAAGUACCCAAAAUAUUUGCUUUGGAAACGAGGCGCAAUACAAGGCAGAGAUCAUAAAUUACUAGAUUUACUUGUUUCACCGCCACACAAAGGCGGCCAUUGUUCCAUUCUUAGCAGGUGCGAAGUUCAGUUGACAUGAGGGAGGAUCUUUGCAGAAGUUAAUAAACUAUACUGGGGGUUUUGAUUACCCAGUCGCUGUCCCUGCAAUCACAAGCUCUGCUCCGCUCUCUGCUAAUGGACAGGUGUGAGGAUCGCUUAGAUCAGCAAGUUGGUUGCUGUGGGAUGUGCUUCAACUGAAGUGCUGUACACUGAGCUUUUCAAGGAUGGACCGUUUUGAAUAGUCCAACCAACAGCGAAGUUAGUAAACAGGAUAAAACCGGGGCCUUCCGGGUUGCGCAUACACUAAGGCAAUGCAUCGCAGUUCUAGCUGUGUUACUACAGAUCCUGGUUUGAUACCGGGCUGUGUCGCAGCUGGCCGUGUCCUUGUCCCAUCACGCUCUAGCUACUCCUGUGGCGGGCCGGGCGCAUGCACGCUGACACGGUCGCCAGGUGUAUGGUGUUUCCUCUGACACCUUGUGCGGCUGGCUUCCGGGUUAAGCGUGCAUUGUGUCAAGAAGCUGUGCGGCUUGGCAGGGUUGUGUUUCGGAGGACGCACGGCUCUCGACCUUGGCCUCUCCCGAGUCCGUAGGGGAGUUGCAGCGAUGGGAGAAGACUCUAACUACCAAUUGGAUAUGACAAAAUUGGGGAGAAAAAGGGGUAAAAAAAAAAAAAAAAAGGAUAAAACCAUGUUUUAAUCUGAAUUGACAUCAUUUUCUGUUUCCUUCUCCAGCAGGUGAGAUGGAGGUGAGUCAAAGGAUCUUUAACUCGACCAGACCAUUCUUAGAUUCACCCCAAAUAGAACUGAAGGGGUCUUGCCCAGGCCUCCCCAGCCCAGCAGGCAGGACGAGUGACGAGGAGGGGAAGGAGAGCAAAGGGGACCUCAUGGGUUGUUUGAAACCCAGUGUAUAUCAAGUCCUAACACACGGCACAGCAGAACAAGUGGGUGAAGCAGGUCCGCUGAACCAUCUGAAGUGCUCGAUCAUAGCCCAGGCUGUAUGUGAGUAUAUUAAGGACGGGGCGAUACUCGUUUUUAUAGGAUUAACUGCAGAGAGAGAGAGAGAGAAAAUGGCACCAAGCUAACACCUGCUGUCUGUGCUUCCCUAGGUGAAACCCAAGACUCCCAGGAGUUCAGCCCUUCCUGCUCCAAACGCUCCUAUGUCGCAUCCCCCAACUGCUUAAUCAACCGGUAUGACCUCACUUAUCCCUCCAUAACACACUCCAUCAUUAUCUCUCCUUCCUUCUUACAGUCUUCUGUUUUCGUGGCAGUACUCUAUUCACACAGGCAUUGCUGUUGUGUCUUCCACAGGGCCUCCUCAGAGCACAACAAUGUGGCGUGUUCCACCGCAGCCUCCAACCAGGACAAACCAGGCUCCCCGGCCCACCACUCCCCCAGGAAGAAGCUAAGGAAGAAACAGAAGAGGAAGGAGAAGAAAGAGGAGGAGAGGGAGACAGGGAACCAGAGACAGAGACGUAGAGUGCCUUCUGGUGUCCCUGAGCAGGAGAGCCAGACUGGCAGUUCUCCUCAACUGAUCCAGACCCAGGUAAGAUGAGCACUCUCCCUGUAACAUCCUACCAUCAGACACAAAAUGGAUGACGUUGAACUCUAGUUGAACUUGAAGUGCCUUUCUUGUGAUUCAUAGUCUGUAGUAUGAACCGUAGACGGUCUCAUAUAGUGUUUGAGCUUCUAUCAGCAAACAUCCUAGCACAAACAUUAGCAUUCCAACCAGGAGGAAGUGAUUCAGAGAACUCUUGACUGUCUGAGACAAAGCUUCAUUUCAGGUGUCCAUAGUCUUGAAGCCUCACCCACACAGAUAGUUGUCAGUGUCAGCAUCAUCACCUGGAGUUGAAAGCUCUUUCCUGGCAGACAGUCACCUUUAAUCACCUGGGGGUUGUUGUUUUUCUCCCCUUUAGGAGGACGCUUCAGAGCCCCAAAGAUGCCAAAGUAACAUCAGCACUUUCUGCAGUAGCAGUAUCCAGAGUUUAGAGGUGCAUGACACAAGAUGCCCCCCUUACCCCCUCCAGGACUGCAACAGGGGCCCCAGCCCUCCCCACCAAAGCUGGGGCCCCCAGGUGUUUAGCCCCCCCUCCAACCUCUUAAUCUAUGGGCAGGAGAGUGACUCGGACUCUCCUCUCAGCAGUGUGGGAGACUGUUCACUGGCCCUAGCGGGGCUCAGGGGCAGUGUCAGUCAGGAGGACCGAUGCUAUGCAGGUCCCUUCUGCAAAGACGUGGAAAGGGAUGUCAGGGAGGAGGGAGAAGUCUCAGAGACUGACACCAACGAGGGCCUGAUCUUCAAUGAGGUAACUUUCCAGACUGCAAUAGUUGUCGAUAAAGGCAGUUGUUUACUUGUGGCUUUUUCUGAUUCCUCCUUAUUCAUUCAGCCAAUUGUUCUUUCUCAUUUCCUAUUAGAAUAUCCAGCCUGUCAAUUAUGAGUACAGGGAGGGGAAGGACUACAUCCUCUGCAAGUCUAUCAACACAGGAUCAUACGGGGAAGUGUGCAGUGUGCAAGACAACAGAACACACUUCAGAUUUGCCGCCAAAAAGGUACAACAGCACUUACACUCUUUGUGUAUACAUCAUCUGUGUGUUAUCUCUCGCUAUUGAUAACUAUAGAACUCUCUCCUUCCUCACAGAUUCUCCUGAAAAGUUUUAGUAGUGAGGAAGUGGGUACGUGGAGUGCCCUGAAGUCUCCUCGCGUGGUGGAACUCUUCGGAGUGAUCAGAGAGGGGCCCUACGUCAUCCUCUUAAUGGACCUCAAAGCUGGUGAGCUAUAUACUAUACUAUACCUUGAUCUCAGGCAGUGACCUAGAUACUAGUGAUGCGCGGGCCAGCUGUUUGUUCACCCGCUCCCGCCCGCAAUUGCUAAUAACCCAUCUGCAACCGCCCGACUAUAUGUGAUAAAGUGAAAAUUUGAGGCCCGACCCUAACCCGCUAAUAUAGAAAAAUGCUGUAGGCUACAGUCCAAGACAGUGGAAUGAUUUUCUCCUGAUUUUAGUUAUGUUUCUACUUAUAAUUUCUGACAUUUUGGUAGACUAUUUGUUAGUCAACUUGUCUAUAAUUAGAUACAUGCAGCUUCUCUUCUGUCAUUAUAUGUUGCCCUAGAAGACUAAAUAAACCCUUCCUCACCAGAAACGUAAUAAAUUAUAGAAUGAAUGCUUCAAUCUAGUUGACAUCGGUAAAAUAGUUUUUCUCUGUCAUCUUCUUUCGUGGAGCAAAGAUGUUUAGGGACCAAAACAUAAGGGAAUGAUUUUCUGUGCUAAAUUUCCAAAUGACAUCAGUUUGACCCAACAUGUUUCUGAUAAGAUUUCAGUUCGGCUUGAAUGCCUCUUUUAUGUGGUUGAAAUACUAUCAGCUUUUAUGAUGCUGAUAGAGAUAGAUACCAUCUGUACAGGUACUAACUGAGCAUUCGCAUUCUCUCAAAAUGCUGAAAUAAAUAAAUCAUAUUUCUCCACUCCUGUUCCUGAGUCCAAAUUUUGCCUACAUUUGGUUUAUCAUUUUACUGCAAGAAAUGCUUAAUUCUGCAGGAGUUAAUAUUAAGGCAAUGUGAGAGGUUAUAGACCUACAGUCAGUGUCCAGAUUUCAGUUUCCAUUUAACCCAUCUGAACAGUAGGCUACAGUUCCCUUGAACUUCCCUAUUUGAAGUCCUCGUCUUGUGACUGUUGAAUUUGGAUAGCGCCUCACAAUCAUCACACUUUUACCACUUCACCAAAUCUUUCUCAAACACAACUUUUCUGGCCCUCCCUUCUCUUUAUUUUCAACUCUCCAUUUCACAGCUUUUCUGUUAUUGAAUUAAACUCUGACAUUGGCACGCGUACAGUUAGACCCCUAGGUUUAUGCACUAAUGCCAGAUAGCCUAAAAUGAUUAAAGAAAAACCUCAAUGUAGCCUAUAGAUAUAAAUUGCGCAAGAAUUAUAAAUGUAUGAAUUUUUUUCAAGGUAUUGUUUCUCUUUAUUCAACCGGCCCGCCACCCACCCGCCCUUCAUCCACACAAUAUUUAAUGAUCUGAAACCCGUCCGCCCCGCAUAUAUAACCGCGGGUUAUGAGUCAACCAGGGCAUCACUACUAGAUACCUCUGUUACAGUUUCUCGAAGGAUGCCUCUAAUUACCACUAUGAUUUUGAGGUGAUUUUCCAUCACCCACUGACCCCUCCUGCCCUCUUCUCUAUUGUCUGCUUCUAGGCUCUGUGGGUCAGCUUAUUAAAGAGAGGGGUCGGCUACCUGAGGACCUGGCCCUGCACUACCACUGUCAGGUCCUGGGGGCGCUGGAACACCUGCUGAAGAGACGAGUGCUACAUCUGGACAUAAAGGGUAGGCCGAGACAUGAGAUAAUGAAAAUGGCUGACUUAUGAACAAAACUACAGCAGAAGGUUAAUAACACACAUGGCAACUAAAUGUCUGGGCACAUACACUGACUCUGGUGAUGACACUAGGCAUUUUCAAACUAGGUUUGAUUAUGGCGUUUGAUUAUGGUAGCUAUUAAAACAGUAAUUACAAGACUUGUGUCUUGACAGUCGACACAUGUAAAGAGCAAUAGAAGAAGCAGACGUUCAGGAUAUUCAUAUUUUGAUUCAUAUUUUGCCUUGGUGAGAGUAAGUUAUUUCUCGGCUGUUUUUGCAGUUGUUAUGUGGAACACAAGAGUCACAGAUCGUGUCUUGAUCUCGAGCACCUGUGUUGUGAAACCAGAGCACCACAGGCUGAGAACGCGCCAAGCCGGGAAUUUCCCACAGUGUGACUCACCGCUGCUCUUUAGAGAGGGCGCAUGCGCUCGCCAGCCAGAGAGGGAGAGCCAGAACUAGAGGAAGAGAUUAAGCGAGAGAGCAAAGGAUAGACAGUCGUAACCGCAUGGCUCAGUGCUCAGACGCCACCUGGUGUCAGACAUGCCACACCACAGGCACAGAUACAACAGGGAGGUUUGGCCAAGUCACCUGCUGCCUGUCUAUUAUGCUAUAAGACCCAGAUUCAUUCUUUCCCCAACAGCUGUUUCUUAAUAGCCAACAUGACUUGGAUUUGACUCUCUUUUCCCCCUGGCUACCAGAACAUCGCCCUGUCUGCAUAGCUACAGUGCUGCUAAAUAUGGCUGUCUCAUCCCAGGAUUACAGAACAACAAUAACCGAAUCCAGCAUAUAGCCAUAGAUUAACAUGCCUUCCUGUGUGUGUGUGUGUUGCAGCGGACAAUGUGUUGCUGUCAGAGGAUGGGAGGGACACCUUUCUGUGUGACUUUGGACACUCGGAGAGAAUGGACAUUCGUGGACAGAGCCUAAGUGCAUCCCAAGGAGGUAGCAAAAUAUGAACUCAAGCCUCCACUAUGAAAUACAGAGGGUUUGACCUGGUUGUCAUGUCUAAAUGUAUACUCUGUGUAUGUGUGUGGGAGCAGAUCUGAAGGGGACAGAGACUCAUAUGGCCCCGGAGAUUGUGAAAGGGGAAACCCGCGGAGCCAAAGCAGACGUGUGGAGCAGCUGCUGCAUGUUACUGCACAUGCUCAUUGGCUGCCAGCCCUGGACACGAUACUACUCCCGCCCACUGUACUUCAAGGUAUCAUUCAACACAACACCACCCUGUCUUCAUACUUGACAUGUGACACAUACUGUAUGUAGCUACAGUGGGGGGAAAAAAGUAUUUGAUCCCCUGCUGAUUUUGUACGUUUGCCCACUGACAAAGAAAUUAUCAGUCUAUAAUUUUAAUGGUAGGUUUAUUUGAACAGUGAGAGACAGAAUAACAACAAAAAAAUCCAGAAAAACGCACGUCAAAAAUGUUAUAAAUUGAUUAGCAUUUUAAUGAGGGAAAUAAGUAUUUGACCCCCUCUCAAUCAGAAAGAUUUCUGGCUCCCAGGUAUCUUUUAUACAGGUAACGAGCUGAGAUUAGGAGCACACUCUUAAAGGGAGUGCUCCUAAUCUCAGCUUGUUACCUAUAUAAAAGACACCUGUCCACAGAAGCAAUCAAUCAAUCAGAUUCCAAACUCUCCACCAUGGCCAAGACCAAAGAGCUCUCCAAGGACGUCAGGGACAAGAUUGUAGACCUGGAAUGGUCUACAAGACCAUCGCCAAGCAGCUUGGUGAGAAGGUGACAACAGUUGGUGCGAUUAUUCGCAAAUGGAAGAAACACAAAAUAACUGUCAGUCUCCCUCGGCCUGGGGCUCCAUGCAAGAUCUCACCUCGUGGAGUUGCAAUGAUCAUGAGAACGGUGAGGAAUCAGCCCAGAACUACACGGGAGGAUCUUGUCAAUGAUCUCAAGGCAGCUGGGACCAUAGUCACCAAGAAAACAAUUGGUAACACACUAUGCCGUGAAGGACUGAAAUCCUGCACCGCCCGCAAGGUCCCCCUGCUCAAGAAAGCACAUAUACAGGGCCGUCUGAUGUUUGCCAAUGAACAUCUGAAUGAUUCAGAGGAGAACUGAUUGAAAGUGUUGUGGUCAGAUGAGAACAAAAUCGAGCUCUUUGGCAUCAACUCAACUCGCUGUGUUUGGAGGAGGAGGAAUGCUGCCUAUGACCCCAAGAACACCAUCCCCACCAUCAAACAUGGAGGUGGAAACAUUAUGCUUUGGGGGUGUUUUUCUGCUAAGGGGACAGGACAACUUCACCGCAUCAAAGGGACGAUGGACCGGGCCAUGUACCGUCAAAUCUUGGGUGAGAACCUUCUUCCCUCAGCCAGGGCAUUGAAAAUGGGUCGUGGAUGGGAAUUCCAGCAUGACAAUGACCCAAAACACACGGCCAAGGCAACAAAGGAGUGGCUCAAGAAGAAUCCCAUUAAGGUCCUGGAGUGGCCUAGCCAGUCUCCAGACCUUAAUCCCAUAGAAAAUCUGUGGAGGAAGCUGAAGGUUCGAGUUGCCAAACGUCAGCCUCGAAACCUUAAUGACUUGGAGAAGAUCUGCAAAGAGGAGUGGAACAAAAUCCCUCCUGAGAUGUGUGCAAACCUGGUGGCCAACUACAAGAAACGUCUGACCUCUGUGAUUGCCAACAAGGGUUUUGCCACCAAGUACUACGUCAUGUUUUGCAGAGGGGUCAAAUACUUAUUUCCCUCAUUAAAAUGCAAAUCAAUUUAUACAAAUUUUGACAUGCGUUUUUCUGGAUUUUUGUUUUGUUAUUCUGUCUCUCACUGUUCAAAUAAACCUACCAUUAAAAUUAUAGACUGAUCAUGUCUUUGUCAGUGGGCAAACGUAUAAAAUCAGCAGGGGAUCAAAUACUUUUUUCCCUCACUGUAUAUGAAGAUUUGUAAAAAAAAAUUGUAGCCAAUAUUGGGCCCUGAUUGGAUUUAAUCUUCAUGUCAUGGAUUGCUUGUUCAUGUCGCUAUUGUUACAGAUAGCCAAUGAGCCUCCGCCUCUGAGGGAGAUCCCGCCCGACUGCAGUCCCUUCACUGCUGAUGUCAUAAAGGCGGGACUACAGAAGGAGCCAACCAAGAGGGCCUCCGCUUCGGAGCUCAAGGGAAGAGCAGCCAGAGCUCUGAGAGAAGGUGAGGGGGUAGCACCGCCACUGUUUUUAGAUCAGUUCUUAGAUGUUAAAAACUGGCUGUUAACCAUGUUCAUGUGAAUACUGGCUAACCAACCUACUGCUUUUAGAUCAGUCCUUAGAUGUUAUAACUUUGUUAUAACUGACUAACAACCCUACUGUGUGCCUGUAGUGGGAGGACUCAGCAGCCCCAUCAGAGGGUCCUAUAAGGAGCCACUACAGAUAGAUGACAGCCCCAGCCAGUCUAGCCAGCCCCGGCCUCCCUUCAGCAGCGACACCUGCUCUGAGGAGAGCCCUGAGCUAUGGCUGGAAUCCAUGAACCCAGGGGGGAAGGAGAUGAACAAUGAUGAUGAGGAGGAGGAGGAAGGCAGUGAAGAGACAACCUCACCUCCAGACUCACCUCGCUCUCUACUGACACAACUCCAUGAAUGGCAAAAUCCCAAGAUGGCCGACGUCACCUCCACCGUGUCCGAGCUUGAACUGCGCAAACUGGAGAGAGGUGAGGGUUGUUACAACAUUCUGCGUGUUUUCUGUCUGUCAGUCUAUGUAUCUAAGUAAAUUUUACUUGAUGUGUAUCUGUGUGUCUACGGUAUAUCAAGUCAAGUCAACUCUUCUGUUCUUAACACUCUUCUUUUGCUGUGUUUGUCUGCAGAGUUCUACCUGACCAGUCUGUCUCAGCUGCACUCAGCUGAAACCCAGGAACAGCUACUGUCCUGCCUGAGCAGCAGUGACUGUUACUCCAACAGGGACUUAUGGGACAGAAAGGUAACCCACCAUAUAAUAUGGCCAGAUGUAGGGUGUGUAAUGUGUUUCUGUGGGUUGGUAGCACAUUCACAGUUCUCCCACUCCCUGACUACAGGACUCUGGCCGUUGGUCCAUCAGCCCAGGUGAUGACCUCAGCUCUGGCGUGUUCUCCUACAACAGCCAACCGGACGGACAGAUUCUCAGUAUGGACUGGCUGGUUCACCAUACACACCUGUCUCCACCACGAUGCUUUGAGGGUGAGUGACAUCUCUCAUUAUCUGACCCUGGGGCUUAUUCAGGAAGGUGCUACAGCUCAGGAUGUUUAGAUAAGAGUAUCAUGUCAUAUUGUUUCCCACUGGAUAGGACCUCAUUCCCAUAGAGAUCUCAUUCAUGCUGAGAAAGCAUGUGCAGUGCACUCAUGUUGGCUGUUUCUCUGCACUGUGAUUGGCUCAGGAGUUGACGUCUGCAUCACGGACGUAAAUGGGCAAAGCAUCCGGAUCCGAGAGAAACGCAGGGUGAAGGUGGGCCACAUCGCCACGGGAAUCAGCGACCAGGUGAGUGAGGGCUCAUGGCUGACUUUUCAAUCUGCCUCCCCUGACAACAAGUAAUAAUAUAAUAAUAAAUAAUAAUAAGUCAUGCACGAUCAUAUUGUCCUUUUCACAGGCGACUACACACAGGCCUUCAUUACACCACCAUAAACCUUACACCUGUGUGUCUCUCUCUCCCCUAGAUCUCUGAGAGGGUGUUCACCAUGGAGACUCAGGAGCGGGAGCCAGUGGCCCAUGAUGAGGAGGUGCAGGACUCUGGCCUUCUGCUCCGCUGUGUCCCUGCUCCUGACUACAGUCAGACCUGGAGAUGGAGGGUCAAGGAGGGGGUGCUGGAGACU